AGAAUGCGUGUCAAGGCAUUUUUAGCUACGCCGCACACAGCCACGACCCGGGGCAAAACGCAGCCCCGUUGUAUCUGAGGUAUUUGUCCCAACCCAUCCCAGUCAUAUUCGCCGGUUCAUGCCGCUGGGCCAGGAGCGUGCCCCGGUCAAUUCACCAACCCACGGACCCCUUUAUAGUGCCGCCGCUGGUGGUACUCUUCUGGGUGUUGGGCCACAAUUCCGCCGAACGUCACAGAUCCGUGAUGGAGUCGACAACUACGUUUACCAGCGGCCGGCCGCUUCUCGGUUCGUUCAAGAAUUUCGCCGCUAGUCAACGCUCUGAGGCUGAGAAGGUAAGAGCGGGGAGGGCCCGGGUUGACAAGGAGGUAAAGCUCGCAGAACUCAAACGAUUUGCGGCCGAAUUCAAAUUGCAAACGCCCACACCAAACGAUCUCUUAAGCUUCACAUACGUGCCGAAGGAGGGGGAGGCCGCCUCCAGCACAGUUUCGCAUCACAAGCUCACGGGAGAGUCAGGGGACUCACCCGGAGAGCUGGAUGAUAACCUGGAUCCGCCACAGUCAAUUAAUAGUGCCGCGGCUCCAUCAACGAUCGGCUCCUCGUCAUUUAUUAGCGCGCUGACACGAGGAACACGCGAGACGCGUAGCACGGCUCCAACGUCUACUUCGGACCUCUUCUCUCACGAUGAUCCAAGGAAACAGCCGGGUAUCGGUUGGGGGGCUCUAGAAGACAUCCAAGAGGGAGAGGAAGAGGAUGUGGUUCAAGAGGUCCAUGGCGUCGCGGUGCCGGAGCCGGGGGAAGCGGAUGGAUUCGACGGCCACUCACUAGCAUCUCAGGGGUCUACUGUAUACACCCCCGAACAGCGAAACGAUAUGGUCUCGAGGAUGACGGGAGCGAUUCUAAGAGAGCUACAAAGGAAUUCGAGUUAUCAUGCGGUCAACGACUCAUCACGAGAGCACAUCCUCCCCCAUCUUCAAUCGGCGUUGAAGGACUUCGCCGAAACUGCCGAGGUCGACCCAUCCAUUCAAAUCCAAGGGAAAGCCCUCAGGAUGGUUCGCCGCCUCCGACCACAAAUUACAAGCCAACUUCAUACAUCUGUCCUUGGCCUCGCCGAAAGCGCAGACACGCAACGCACCCCUAUAAGGAUAGGGGAGGACGUGGAUAAAAUGGAACUUCGGGACAUAAUAACUCGUUGGGGCGCGACAAACCCGGGGUUACUUGGUGGGAGUGAGACUCAACUGGAACCCACCGUCAACCAAGACCACACGUUGUGGUACCCGGAGAUACGUGCGGCAUCCGCACCGGCCUCGAGUGUGUCCGUCAGGACGUGGAGCAUCCCUGACUCAAGUCUACCCGAUGAAGACACGACAAACGUCUAUGGGGCGUCUGUUGAUCCUUCAAGUGUCUUGCAGCACUUUACCAGCCAGCCCUCUUUCCGGAACCUGGUCAGGAAAACGGAAGCGCUCUUUGAGCAGUAUCACAGUAACAAGAUGGACCUCAUUCGCUUGCGGACUUCGCUGGCAAUUCGUCGACAGGCGGCGAAACCGUCUGGCGAUGUGCCCCCCUCAUCUCUCGUCCGUGCCGUCUUCCAUGUCGGGUGGGAUUUGAAGAGUUUUCUCAUCAGUAAUUACGACAAUGGCGUUUAUCAAGAACUCGAUAGGAUUCUCGCCAUUACCGGAGAUACCGAUAAGGCACAGCUGUGCUCCGUUGGGAGAUAUCUCAAGCAAUGGUGGCCAAGUUGCAGCUCUGAGUUGCUCCAGGCUAUUGGAGCUGUGUUGCCUACUCCGAACCCGAACAAUAGCGUGCUUUCACGGGACCGGGCAGAAGGUUCCGUGGUGACCGACCAGGAAAUCAAAGUAUUCAGCGUCGAAGGCACUGAGGGCUUUGUCAUUUCCAUCGCCCAACAGAUAUCGUGGCUGGCAGCAGCUUGUCAGGAGAAGCAGGCUGAGCGCACAUACGGUUAUGUCGGAUUCUCGGAAUUGGACGAGGCUACUAGUACGCAACUCAGCGUACCCAGCUUCAGAAUCGACGUGAACCUGGAGAGAGCUCCCUCCGGUUCAAGCGGCCACUGCUGGAACAGUUUGGUUGGGCCUGCCGUCAUCAUCACGGGCUUCCCAAUACCGGAACGGGAUCUCGGCGAGCAAGGCCUUGAAAUUUCCGUCCCCGAUAUGGCGGCGCUAGCAAGGAUUCCGCAAGCCGUAUCGUUCAACGGCGGCAUGGUUUUCAAGGGAAGAUGCCGCGCUCUUGUCCCCACGGUCUCGCUAGGCCCUUCGACCCAAUGGCAUCUCAUCGAUACGAGCCCUAAAAAGCUAGACUGGAGUCAGAUUGACGAGACUUGUCGCACCAGGCUGCGCGGUCUCCCAAGGCAAGACGUCUUUUGGGAUAGACGAUCGUUUCUCGGGUGGUGCGCUAUAGCUUCCAACCUGCUAGCAACUCCCACGUACAACUACAAGGCCAUCCAAUAUUCCAAUGCUGGCAGACCAUCAAGGUGGGCGCAAGCAGACAAGCUCGCCGUUGGCUUCAGCCAGUGGGCUACCCUCCAGGCGGAGGUGACAGUCGGGAAGAGAGACGGGUUUCAACGCCAGAGAGCAGAGGAUUACGAGACCUUGCUUCAGGACGCCAGCGACACCCAUGUCAUCUUACACGACACAGCCUGCCGAAGGGCUUACCAGACAAACGCCGAAGAUCUCAUCCUCCAUAUGCUGCAUCACCGAAGAGGUUUGAAUCCGCCAUCACCACAACAACUGGGAGGGCCCGGGAAGCCCACUCCAACCAUCUCGUUCACCCACCCGGAUCGUAGGGUUCGGACAACCCGCGAGGUGAUGCUCGAAAACGCCGACAGGGCUUUUUCCACACCGCGUUCUCUGUCGGACGGCAAGCCGGGCUUGAAGUGCUUCGUGGAGGAAGUCGAGAUGCUAUGGUCCACCAUCGACGGGGUCUGGGCACACACCUAUGCGUCCAGCGAAGGGAAGCACCCGCUGUGGAAGUUUGACCUCAACUUUGGGCAGGCCAUCUGUGGCUGGGAGUACAUGGACCUGAUGAACAAGUCAAGGCAUAUGGACGCCAAGGCGGUCCAGCUCAGCAAGACGUGUGGGCGGUGGAAUGACUACGCCAAGGAUAUCAAGGCCGUGGUGCUUUUCGGGGCCCAAUUCGGCGACGUCCUCACACCGAUACAGCCGAAUACCGCGUGCCCGAUGGUUUCUUCGGUUCCACGGGACAGCUGCUACCUGGCCGUCCCGGUCAGAACCGUGGAGCAGCUGUUUGAUCGACAGGGUGCAUCACAGAGCCAAACGAGACUGACAAGCUCAGGGCUUGCACUGAAGGCGUCCGAAAGAGUCUUCCAUGCUUGCAAUCCGGGGCCGCAGGCACAUAAUCUAGAUUGCAGUUCAGAACACCUGGUUCAUCUAGUCAGCCAGGGGAAGUUCAGGAAGCCACGCGAGCGCAUAGCCCUCGAUAAGUACCAGGACGGCGCUAUCAUAAUUGGCGGAACGGGUGGCGGGGUGUUGCUGCGGCGGUACUAAGUAUCUCAGCGUCACAAACCGGGUUAGGGAUGAAGGGUAGACACUGCCGGCAUUGUGUAUAAUGAGAGCAGCUUGAUGAAUGGGGCAAGAUUUG